UCAAAACCGGCAUUCGAGAAGUGCAGUGACCUUUCGGUAAUAGAUGGCGUUAAUUUCAAAUUAUCUCAGGUGGAGAGAGCGACCGGCACGGAAGGCGCCCGCGCCGACUCCCGGCCGAACUCCCGUUAUAAUUGAACAGCAACACCACUUGUCUGUGCGGGCAGUGCGCCGAUCGCACGCCCUUCUAAUAGCGCGAAUGUGUCAUCUUUACAUACGAACAAGAUUUCGCAUUUAAAAGUGUUCCACUAACUUUAAGUUUUAUUUAUAUUUAGUGCAAUAAAAGACAUUUAUAUUUUAUCAAAAUGUGCUCGAAAAGUAUAUCUUUUUAUAUUUAUGUGGCAUUAUUAGCAAGCAGUUUAGCAAGCGAUUGCGGGCCAACGUUAAAGUACGCGUGGGGAGAUGCGCUACUCGCGUCAGACUGUCCGGGUCCUGAUGGUUCACCAUAUCCAAGACACCUGGUAAACAGAGCUUUGAAGUCAGGACCAUGGGGCCAGUCGAACCGGCAGGGGCGAGGGCUACGCACGUUAGAUCCUGCCAUCAUGAGGCGGGCGUUACUCGAAGCUCACGCCGGCUACGGUGAAGCAUCCAAUGUUCAAGUACAAAACGGGAAUCGAACAGCUCGAGCCAGCAACAUCCCCUCUGGUCUAUCACCGGCGAACCCGCAUACUUGCGGCAGUGCUCGCCUCUGUCGCACGCGGUAUAACACCACUGCGCCUAUGUACGGUGUGUCCCUUACCUCGGGACAGCCUGUCACCAUCGUACAGAAGUUCCCCGAUCUACUACAACAGGUCGUCUUCGAAGUUUGCGAAACAAGUGAAUGCUCCGUCCUCCGUGGUACCUGCACACAGACAUAUGUACCCUAUUUAUUCUUAGUAUUACCUCUUGGCCCUGUCACUCUCACUGGUCAGGACUACGUAUUGGUUGAGUCUGGCUGCGUUUGCAAACCAGAUCCCAUAUUGUAGAUAUAUUUUAGGUUAUAAUUUAAGGAGUGAUGCUUUGUCGUAAAAAGUAUUAUGUGUAUAUUCAACGAAAAUUAUUUGGUUGUGAGAUUAUAGAAAAUUGCAUAAAAUUAUUAGAUCCAUCGACUUAUUUUUGAUUCAAGAUAAUUGCGUAAACUUGAAUGUAUGGAAAAAAGGAAGACUAAAUUGUCGUAAAAAUAUUAUGUAUAACAUAAAUCUAAUGGAUAAAUUAUCGUUCAAAGAAACCUUACACAUAUUCAUAAUAAAAAUGGAUGCAUUUAAUUAGUUAUAGUUGUUAAAACCACAAAAUCUAUUAAAACAUUUCUGUAGAAUGUUUAACCUAAAAGUGUUCUAAAAAAUAAAAUAAGUAUAUUUUAUAAUUAUAAAAAAAACUGUAAAAUCGCCGAAAAUCUUCACACAUCGAUUUGACGGCCAUUUUGUGGACAAAUAUUUAUUUUGUAAAUCUUUUAUAGACUGAAUAUGACUCUGUUAAUUUAUUAUUUAGAUAUUUAUUUUUAGCGCUGGCAACACUGCGCGUAUUAACGUAAAUAAAUCUGAUUUAUCAUUAAGUUAAUUAUGAACAACGAAU